AGCAAGCACGAGAGUUUGGCAGGGCCACGCAGAGGCGAAGGCAGGAGGCUGGUGAGAACACAAGCAGCAGAAGACGGCGUGAGGAGCGGCUCGGAACAGAGAGGGCAGUCGGCGGCGGCAGCGGCGCUGAGGCCAGCCGGGAUGACCUCUGGACGACCCUCGCGAGCCGCGCCGCCGAUGCGACCGUGAGGGAAGAGCUGACCUCAGUGAACAUCAGCGCGACCUGUUAAAGAUGGAGGAGGAGAAUGGCCCCUGAAACUCUGCCCUGACUUGGCUGCCUUUCAAAGUGGACGUGUGAAAAGGGAGGAGGACCAAGACGGGUGAAGUUGGAGGGUCCAGUGAAUGAUGAAUUCCACCCCCACCUCAGGCCCCCGUGACGAGGAUGGACGUGCAAACUCCCCCGGGCCGAAGACGGUGCUCUUGAGCGCAGCUUCCUGUUGACUCUGGAGGCAGCACGCCGCGACACUUACCAGUGAACCCGACUAUCAACUGGCUGAAGAUGAACUUGACAAACCCCAACUGCCAAAGCGAGGACCACCGGAUGUAUCAGCAUUACAUGUACGGCGUGGUGUACAGCAUCAUCUUCCUGCCCGGCCUGCUGGGCAACCUGGUGGCGCUGUGGGUCUUCUGGGUCUAUAUCAAAGAGACGAAGAAGGCGGUGGUGUUCAUGAUGAAUCUGGCCGUGGCUGAUCUCCUGCAGGUUCUCUCCCUGCCCUUGAGGAUCUACUACUACUUGAAGAACACCUGGCCUUUUGGACACCAGCUCUGCAUGGUGUGCUUCUAUCUCAAGUACGUCAACAUGUACGCCUCCGUCCUGUUCCUCGUGUGCGUCAGCGUGCGCCGCUGCGAGCUCAUCAUGCGCCCGCUCAGGCACAACUCCUCCAGAAAACCAGGGGACAUCGUGGUUUGCGCCGCCAUCUGGCUGCUGGUCUGCCUGGGCUGCCUUCCCUUCCCGCUGCUGAGGAACGUGGAGGCAGCGCCGGACUCGGCGCCUGUGCAGGUGUGUUUCGCAGAGCUGCCCAUGCAGGAGCUCAAUAAGGCGGCAGCCUGGUCCCUGCUGGUGGUCGCUGAGCUGCUGGGCUUCGUCCUCCCCUUCCUCGUGGUGCUUUGCUGCACCUGCCUGACGGCGGGCAGCCUCCGGAAGAGCGCCUCGGGGGCCGUCCCCGAUCAGGGUGAGAAGCAGAAGGCGCUGAGGAUGGUGCUGAGCUGCGCGCUGGUCUUCCUGCUGUGCUUCGCUCCCUACCACAUCACCAUGCCCCUGGACUACCUGGUCAAAGCCAACGCGCUGAGCAGCUGCGGCCUCAGGAACUUCAUCUUGCGCUGCCACCCCGUCACCCUCUGCCUGGCCAGCCUCAACUGCAGCCUGGACCCCAUCAUCUACUACUUCACAACCAACGAGUUCCGGAAGCGACUGAGCAAGACGGAAGUGGCGGAGGGCAUGAACAGCUGUCGCCGUCUGUCCUGCAUCACGGGGCAGGGAGCCAGUCAAGGAUGAAGGCCAGACUGUCGCGGACGGUCCGAGGUGAGGUGCGUUCCUCGCCUGACGGAGGGACAUCUCACGCCACUGACAGUUUUCGCUCUCCCUAUUUAUUGAUCAAUAAAUACUUCUCUGACUUUUCAAAACUCAUUUGCCAAAGCUGUGCCGCAGAAGAGGCGGAGUCGUCUCUGUCCCACUUGGGACACCUCGGUGUUGGGAUGCUUCUGUGGGAGAACGACUCCCCGCUUGGGAAGUCUCCAUCUCAGGGCGCGCACUCAGCCGGACGACCUUCAUUCAAUGAUCCGCUGAAAGAAUCCUUGAACACAGUUCCACCUGAACUGUGACGAGGGACGACACGGCCCCAGUCAGAAGGCGAGCUGCCAGAGAAACACGGAUAGUUACCGAGCUGAUGCCGUUUAACACAGCGCUCUCUUUUACAGACCAAAUCUCACUGGCACACUUCUCCCAGUUCGACUCUUCGGGUCUCAGAAAGCGGCACUUGUCGCUGAAUGGCUUUUUCACCCGCCAUUCUCCCACCGACCGGAAGAGUUGCCACUUGUCUUCUCCCGGUUGAUGCUGUCUUCCAGACCAACGUUCUAGAGACCUUCACGCACUCCUUAACAACGCAUUUAAAAUGAUUAAAUUAAAUGAUGAUUGAAUGAUUUAAUUGAAUGCGCAAAAAAAAGAUUGAUAAAAAAGCAUCAAAUGCAUAUCAAAUGCAGUGGGAGGGGCAGUUCAGUUCCACAGUUAAGGAUCAGUAUUGCAAAAUCAAAAGAACAAAUGAGGAACAUUCACUCAAGUAAGAAGCAGGUCCAGUCCAGUGGGAGAACAAACCAGUUUAUUUAACAAGAUUCAGGUCAAUAUACAACACUGAGUUCUCGAGUCUGUCUGAUGAAACGGCAACUACGUUGAUCAUCCAGGGAAGCUGCUUCAACUGUAUCUACUUCCUGGUUCUGGGAAAUGGAACUGACCUCAGAAGUGAAUAGAUUUCCCACAAGAUUGGAUGAACUGCAACAACGUGCAGAAGACUGGAAAGUGGAACAUGCUUUCUGUUCUCAGAGUGUCUGGUUUAGAUUCUCCUCCAGCGAGUACAAAUAUUCACAGACCAUAUUGGAAAACCUGUAAAAAUAAAUCCAUAUCCCUCAACUUCAAAAUUGAAAUACACUUUUGUUAGAUAAAAAAAACAACGCGAUUGUCUUUCAGUGCAUAAUAUCUGGGAAUUAUUUUGGAUUAUCUUAAUCCAAGGAGAAUCACAUUCUGGGGAAAGACACCUUUCUGAACUUGAAAUGAAACAGCUUUAAAAAUGAGACAAGAAAGUCAGGUCUCGCUCAAGAUACUCACAAACAACACAAA